GUUGUUUUCUUAUUAGAGCUAUAAGUCAACGACGAUCCUUUAAAUCACACGGUGGACACCAGACGAGAAGUACAUUUCUGGUUGUACUCACAUUAAUUAUAAGUCAACCAAAUAUCUAUCUACAAUGGAUUCUUUCGAAAUGAAUACGACUGUAUAUGAGAAUGCUUUACAGAAAUAUUUUGAAACCUCUCGUCACUACCUUGACGGCAAUACAUCAAAUACAGAUGGACAUUUCAAUGUAUUUUUGAACUCUACUACAAACACUGACACAUCGGAGAACGGAACUCAGGCAGUUAGUGGAAACAAUGCCAAUGUUCCUCUUCUGUUUUUCACUUUGGAUAGAUUUCAAUCGGAAUCCUCUAAAAUUAUAGCAGUGGUCAUCCUGGUCAUUGGAAGUCUAGGUCUGGUCGGCAACAUUUGCACUAUUCUCAAGAUAUGGAGUGAUAAAAAAUUCCACACACCAACAUUUGCUGUCAUCGGAUGUCUGGCCUUUGCUGAUUUUCUUUCCAUUGUACGAUGUUAUGCUUAUUAUUUUACCGAUUUGUUUUUUCACAGUAUUCAAUUUUUUAUAGCGCUUGUCAUUCCAUUUGAAACAUCUUAUUGCAGUUCCCUUGGACACAUGAUUUUACUCUUUGUGGUCAGAUACUUGAUAACCGUUCAUCCCUUACAGAGUAGAAUUCACCUGACCACAUUAGUAGUCAUAUUAUGGUCUGUCACGGUGUGGAUAUUAAGUUUGAUAUUGUCAUUAUUUGCGGCAUUAUAUGUGAAACUUUUACUUUCUCAUCAGAAAGAAAACAUAUUAGAAAUAUACAAUUGGAGUCUGAAUCUUGUUACUUUAAUUAAGACUGUUUUCACGUUUUGUACCAUAAUAACUGUACAUUGUUUAAAAAUGAAAUCCCUGAGAUCGUCACGAGUCUGUGCGAAAACUAAAAGGAAAAUGAAUUUAAUCAUCACUGUAAUUCUCAGUGUUUUUCUAACUUCUCAAACUUUGUUUAUUGUGGUGACUACAAUAGAAUUAUUACAUUCUUAUGGAAUUUUGAGCUCUCAUAUCACAAUGUUCGAGUUACAAACAUAUUUUGUGUGUGUACUAAGCCUAUUAGAAUUUGUACAUUAUUCUUGUAAUCCGUAUAUAUACUUUUUAAUUUCCUGCUGCUUUAAAUGUAAAUGUAUAUGCACAAAAAAAGAUAAUAUUUAGUUGCGUUUAGUUUUUUUAAUAUUGCAGAAUUUGGAAAUUUCUUACCUGUAUUAAGGCACAAAAUUUAUAUUACUCAAAUCUUAAAAGAACUUAACGUUUCUAAAAAGGGGCUAGGUCAUCCAAUCUCUCAACAUUUCAACACUAAACGGAAUAUAUUUAUGCUGUAAAUGACAUUGCUACACAUUUCUUUCUGCAUAUCUAUAAACUCGCCAUUUUCAGACAUGUAUAUGUGAGGAAAAAACUAGCAGAUCAAAUGACGUCAUGGUACAUAGCAAAGCACUGUCUUUAACGCCGAUCAUUUGAAGAGGUUAUUUUGUCUUUUGAAGAUGUAUACAAAAAUAUUUGUAAUUCCUAUGAAGUUUAGAAUUUAUCAUUUUACUUUUAACUCUAUCCAAAGUAGUGACUGAAAAGGCUCUAUAUUGGAUAGGAUCUAUAAUGUCCAUCAUGGUGAUUGCAAAGGGUGCUCUUUAAUAUUGUACAUCUAGAACAUUGUAUUUUCGAAAUAAAGCAAACAGUACAACUGUGUGUAUAAAUGCUACUUUAAAAGUGAAAAAGGAAUAGUAUUCAAGAAAAACACCAGUAGAUGAUGUUUAAAAUAUCUGUAUGUGAGGUAGAAAACAUGUUUACAUGUAGAAAAUAAAGGUGAAACAUGGUACAAACUU